AUGAACCUCGCCGCGUCUCCGAAACACACCGACCAGGUCGCCCAGAAGAAGCUGCAGUCGCCUAUCAACUUCUCCCCUCCUGCUCCUCAGCGUAUCCGCAUCGCGCCGCCCGUCGCGCCCCGCCGCUCAGCGACCAUGCCCGCCCCCGACGUCGAGCCCCUCACUUUUGCCAAGGUGCCCAUUGCGCGACCUUCGGCCAGCACGCUCCUGAACAUGUCGACCGACACGGAGGUGACGUCUGACUGCGGCGAGCAGCUGUCCCGCUCGCCGUCGCUGCUUACGUCGCUUAUUCAGAGCUCGCGCAUCGUGUCUGCCUCGAGCAGUGUGGCCAACUCGCCCAACUCGAGCUCGCACUUCAGCUCUCUGCCGCACGCCAAGCCGAUCCUCCGCCGUGUGUCAUCUGGCCAGACCUCGGCCAUUACCAGCGGCGACGAGCAGUCCGACCUCGAGCGCAGCAAGUCGCGCGCCAAGCCCUCUCUCGCUAUCGCUCUCGGCCAGCGCCUUGAGCCCCUCGCUGAGCGCCAGGGCUCUCCCGAGCCGGCCCACCGAAGGACCCGCCUCAAGUUUGCCGUGACCCCGAGGCCGCUCCAGCUUGCGUCCGCUUGCAGCUCGCGGCGUGCCUCCCCCGAGCCCUCCUUCAGCGACGAGGACGACUAUGAUGACGAGGACCUGGCCACGCCUGGUUUCUACUCGGACUCGGACAACGGAUAUCAGGAGGACUCUGAGGAUGGGUUCACCGACGACGACGAGCCCUUCCUGCCUCCUGCGCACUGGGGCCAGCGCCGACCAAGCUGGACGCCAUAUCGUGCCCCGUCUGCCCCCAUCCUCCAGGUGUCGGCCAAGCCCGAGUGCCGUGGCCGGAUCCGCAUCGACGACGACCGCUCUGCAAUCAAGUGCUCAAGGCAUCGCAGCCCCCCUCCCGAGGCCAGGAUGCGUGCGCGUGAGGCUGCGCCGCCCGCCGCUCGCUCUCCCUCGGCGUAUGAGCUUUGCCGCCGAAGAGGGAGUACGGGCCAGCGGCCCUUCCUCGGCUACUCUGGCCCGAAGCCGCAGCCUCCGUCGCAGUCGCGCGGCUGGCGCUCCGACGACGCCCGCCCGCAACCGCAGCCCAGCACUGGGGCGCAGGGCGUGCAGGCGCAGCGUGCCCGCUCCCUCACGCACAAGACGAGUGCGAAGGAGCUGUCGCGCCGCGACUCGGCGCCAGCGCGCGUCGACGAGGUUCACGCCGCGGGCAAGACGGAGUGCUCCCACCCCAAGGGCGGGCUGCGCAAGGUCCUCACUGCGUUCCGAUAG